AUGGAGACCCAAGGAUGUCAACAUGUUUACGGAAAUGGAACCAGCAUCAUACAUAACUUGCUUCAUGACCCCAGGGGCCGUGUGUUCAGUGUUGAGGCCUUAAUGGUUGUGGAAAUGGCCCUCUUAUGGUUCAUUGCUGCUCUUGGAUCCUUCCGUCGUCAAUCAAGUAGCAGGUGCAUUAGAACUCUUGUGUGGGCUGCAUACACACUAUUGUUUCUCAUCUUUACAUACAUGAUUGGGUUCAUGCAGUCAUCAUCCAUCAAGAUUGACCUGUAUCCUGUAUGGGCCGUAUCAUUCUUUGCAGUCCUUGGGUGCACCAACUCUAUCACCGCUUUUGAACUUGAUGACAACAAGCAAUGGAUGAAACACUAUAUUCAGUUAAUUCUCUACUACACAUAUGUUUCUGUUUUGCUUUCGCACAUGUCAGAUGCUUUUGUAGUUACCAGUGUCACUCUUCUAUUCACUGUAACCAUCUACAAGAACUUUGUGCGAAUACAAGCUUCUGCACUGGCUAGCGAGUCAUGGAUUAGGUCUGAGCCUCCUUACUACCGAAGAAAAUUUAUUGCAACAGAUGAUAUUACAACAGUUGAGCAGAUUUGGCGUUGUGAUGGUAGACUGAUGAAGUCCACUGAGGGUGCCCAAUUGAAAGAUAUAUGCCUUUCUUUUGCACUGUUCCAUUUGCUCCGGCGUCGCUACUUUGGAUUUUCUUGUUCUGAAUCUGGCCUAAAAAAGACUCAUGACUUCAUCUUUAGAGGGCUAUUAGCCACGGAAAAGGAUUACAGUAGGGCUUUCAAGGUGAUAGAAGUGGAGUUGAGUUUCCUAUAUGAUUUUUUCUUCACCAAGUAUGCCCUCAUGUACUAUCGAGAAUGUGUAAUAUUCUUCCUUACCAUUAUUUCAGUCACAUUGACCCCUUUGGUUAUAGUGGCUGUAACUCGUCCGCAUGGAAUACAUGGUGAUUGGGCCACAAUGGAAACCAAGAAUGCUGAUAUUGUUAUUACUGUGCUAAAUUUAAUGUCACUUGCUUUGCUGGAUAUGUUGCAACUUAUACUGUAUUGGUUCUCAGACUGGGGUAAAGUUUCGUUAACUUGCAGGUAUGUCAGUCAUCUCCGGUGGCAAAAGAAUAAAUUCAUAGAGAGGUUACUUGUUUUGCUCUGCAAGAUUACAUUGCUUCCGAAUUGGCAGAACAAGAUUGGUCAGUAUUUGAUACUUGAGUCCUUUGAAGGCGAUAUUUGUAAGAGAUGGUUGAACAUUUUCACUAGAUGGAGCAGUAUCAUUUAUCUUCAUGAUCAAGAGAAGAUGGGUAUUAACAUGGGUUGCUUGGUAAAUAAUCGCAAAGCAGGAAUUCCUACCAAUGUGCACAAUGAAGUCAAGAAAGCAAUUGUGCAGUCUCUAAAGGCUAGCGAUGGCCAGCUAUCCAAUGGUUUGUCCUCCUUAACGAGAAAUGGUCUACUUGAGCACUUCUCCUGGGCAUGCAGGCAAGAGACUCAAACACAUGCAAUCUUGAUUUGGCUCAUAGCUACCAGCUACUGUGAAAUUGCACCACCUGAGUUGGAGUUGGGUGGGAGCAAAGAACAAGAAGAUUUUCUGAUCCAACGCGAUGUUGGCACCAAAUUAUCAAGAUACUGUGCAUACUUGGUUGUGUUUGUUCCAGAGCUGCUACCAGAUCACCAAUGGGAUACAAAAACCAUAUUUGAUGAGGUGGAAAAGGAAGCACGUGAAUACCUGGGAGGUGUUGUUAUGACCGGUACGGUCUACAGGCGCAGACACCGUGGCUAA